UGGUUGUCCGAUUCAAGGUAGUCGAUUGAUGAUUGUUGAGUGCUUGUUUAUUGUAUCUAUCUGUCUAUCUAUGCGUGCACAACGGUAAAAGGCGGUAUAAAUGCACAUUUGCAUUUUGCAAGAGCAGGGAAAUUCUUUUGAUUUGAAACAACAAUAUAAUCAGCUGUUUUUCAUAGGCGAUUAAAGGUUGUUCUUGUUGUUAUGGUUAUGAAAACUUACAAGUGACGUCAGAGGCAAGUGACUGGUGGUAUUAAAUAUAAAUCGUUGUAAUAGAAAAAACAUAAACAAAAGAAAACAAAAAGGGUGCGUUUAAUAAAAAACCUAAUAAAUAGUAUACCAAAAUAUAAAACCAAGUGGCUUUAGUUAUUGUGUUAUAAUAAGAAUAUUCAAAUCCACAAGUACAGCAGCUAUCUUCUACACUUGGAUAUAAUUCUCCAUGAAAUACAAAGGCCGCUAAAACACAAACGAAUAAAUCCCAACCAUGUUAACCGAUGUUGGACAAUGGUCCGGUGUAGUUGUGGACAACUACAAAUUGGAAUUUGAAUUGGGUGAACCUUCAGAACAUGCCAGGCAGGUGGCCCUGACAGAAUUAAGAGAAACUCCAGAAAAUCGCAAAAAAGGAUUAGAAGAGCUGAACAAAUUAUUGGAUGGUGAACCAGAUUUGACAUGCCCCAGGGAUGAUCUAUUCCUCUUGCGUUUUCUUAGAACCUGUAAAUUCUAUCCUGAAAGUGCUUUUAAAUUGAUCAAAAACUACUAUUCCUUCAAAGUUAAACAUGCCGAUGUCUAUAAGGAUCUCAAGCCUAGCAAUGAGAAAAACGUGUUUGAUGGCAAUGUCAUUAUUGUAUUUCCCAAUCGUGAUCAAUUGGGAAGACGUGUGGCAGUGCUGGAAUUGGGAAAAAAUUGGAAACAUAAACAAGUUUCCCUGGAUGAGGUUUUCAAAGCUGCUGUCUUAUAUCUGGAAGCUGCCAUGUGGGAACCAGAAACCCAAAUCAAUGGUGUAGUGGUCAUAUUCGAUAUGGAUGGUUUGAGUCUACAGCAGACGUGGCAAUUUACACCAGCCUUUGCCAAACGUAUAGUCGAUUGGCUGCAAGAUUCAGUACCAUUGCGUAUUAAGGCCAUACAUGUGGUCAAUCAGCCUAAAAUCUUUAAUGUGGUCUUUUCACUGUUUAAACCCUUUUUGAGGGAAAAAUUGAGAUCUCGCAUCUAUUUCCAUGGCACAGAUCGACCCUCGUUGUAUAAACAUAUGAGCCCCGAAUGUUUGCCCGCCGCCUAUGGAGGUAGCCGCAAGGAGCCUCGCUUUAAUGGUGAUCAAUGGUAUAAAUUAUUGAUUCAGGCUGAAAAAGAGUACGAAGCCAUUAACACAUAUGGCUAUAAGAAGAAAUAGAAGGGGAGACAAAUGUAUUGAAAUUAUUUAAACUAUUUUGCCAAUAUUUUUUUUUUUAUGCACGUAAAAUUACGUUUAGAUUUUAUUCUUUAAAUUUUUAUUAUCAUAACACUAAAACAUGACAUUAUUUUUACCAACUUCAGUAAUAAUUGGGGGGAAAUGGAAUGUUUUAUGAGCAUGAAAAGAUAGGCCAUUGCAUUUUGGAUUGUUUGAAAUGCCCAGGUUCAAAUUUAAACUUUGAAACGGUUUGAACAUUACUUGAACUUACUUUGAAUAAGUUUCAAUCAAAAUUUGUAAUCAAAUUUUGGUUUAGUUUUCACCAAACUGAUGAUUGAUUUUGGUUUGAAAGCCACUGGUUUCAACGAAUUUAAAUUACUUUGGAUUUUUUUGAUUUAAUUUUCUUUAAUAUAAAACAUGAUGCCCGUAAAAGAUUUUCGAUUAUAAACAAAUGAAAAAUCCACUAAUCUAUUAAAUCAAAAAAAGUCCUAUGCAAUUCCUCAAACUUUUUGAAAGCCCUGAAUUCAUUAAAGGUUUAAAACAACUGGUUUGACGGACCAUAAAAUAAUUUUGAAUAUCGAAAUAUGAUGCCUAUCCAUAAUUAAAUCCUAAAUGUUAUGCCAUUCCUAAAUUUCAUUUGCUGAUUUCCGUUUUUACACAAAAAUCAGUACACCUAAAACCCUCACCAUACCUCACUAUCUCCAUUUUUUUUUUAUUUUAUUUGUUUCCUCACUCAUUGUAUUGUGUAUUAAUUUAUUUCUAAACCCACAUACUUAAUUAAUAUUUAUUUUCUGUUUUUGUAAUUAAUUCCGUUUAUAUUAAGAACAAAUCUCUGGGGGCUGUAAUUAGCAUUUAAGUUUUUUUUGGGUGUAUUUGAUAUAUUUUCUAAGAUUAUAUUUUUAAAACUUUUCUUUUAUAAAUAAGAAAAAAAAUGGUUUCUGUAGUCCAAUAAGUAAUUAUUGUUAUUGUUGAUGCCCGAAAUGUUAAAAAGUAAACUAAUUGCCUAAAAAUUCAUAAUGCUUUUACCAAAUUUGUAAACAAACAAGUUAAUUAUAAACAUAUGUAAAAACAAAAAGUUUAAUAAAAACAAUUAUAUUGAACAAUUUUUGGGAGAGAAGAAA